CUAGUGCAAGCUGUGACACAAAAAGGUCAGUCCCGUGCGGCUAGGCUUUCCUCUAACCUUCGUCGCCAGCUUCCAAGGACACAAAGGACCAGGGAGCUGGAGUCGCUGCACAAGACUGAAACCAAAACUCCGCUAUCGGGUGUCCAGGAACCCACACUUCAUGUCUGACAGAGCUCUGCGGGAGUCCCCGAGCCCCGGGGCGGUUCCGGCCGUGCUGCCCGGGCCGGGCGGGGCCCAGGGCGCUGCCGGGUAACGGCGGCGGGGCAGCAUGGCCGCCAGCGGGACGCGCUUGGCGCAGGAGGCGCUCGGCAACGCGCCGGGGAGGAGGCGGCCUGCCCUCGCUUCCUUCUCCGCCUUCAGCUUCGUCCCGCCCAAACGGGAAGGGCCUCCGGAGCUCAGCUAUUUCAACCGGCCGCACAAGACAGGAGAUUUUUUCACCUAUGAUGCUGCUUUUGGAAUGCCUGACGAUUACGACCAAUAUCUUCCACGAUGUGACAGAAAACAUGCAAAGGCUCGUGGCCUUAAAAUUAAUGAGGAGGAAAUGGCAAGAACUGUUCCUGUGCUGACAUCUUCAGAGUAUGGGAAGCGCAUAGAUAAGCUCUUAGACCCACCAACCAGAGAGCACGCCAGGGUUCAUAGCCUGCACGCAGCAAUCUACGGGGAAGGCAGCCGCCUUGCUCAUUAAAAACCUUCUCCAGGCCUGGAUCCAUGGGAAAUCUCUUGUGUCUGUCACCACCAGCAACAUUUAUUUGGGAAAAAAAUA